CGGCUGGUUGCCCGUCAAUAUUUGGGAAAUGGAUUUCUGGGUCGGGAGGACAUAACGGAAACCCAUACAGACCGCAGCGCACCGCAUCGGCGCGUGAUUGAAAAACGUAAUAAAAGGGCGCGUGGUCUGCGCGGUGGCAGCCGUCAUUUCUUCUGGACGCAGUCUUCAGUGGCGCAUGCCACUUCGGUCUCUGUGCCAUCGCUUUGAACCGGCUGCUCUGAUUUACUCGGUAGUGUUGAAGGUGUUAUUUAGAGAGCGAGCGAGUCUUUUUUUUUCUUUCUUUUUUAUUUAUUUAUUUUUUUUGUAUGUAUGUAUGUUUGUGUAUUUUGCGCGUGAAUCAACCGGCACAAUCAAAGACCAAGCAGGUCAGCGCGAGCUAGCAAGGGAAGACAGUGAGGCAGCUCGCGAGCGCUCAGCUAGCAGCUGUACGUUUCACUACCAGAGAUGGUCACGUCCACACCGGGGAUCCUUCUGCUGCCGAUGCUAAUAUGUCUCCAGCACAGUGUUAACGUUCACAGUACCAAGACUGACUGUGAAGCCAAUCAGUUUCAAUGUGGAAACGGGCGCUGCAUCCAGUCCGUGUGGCAGUGUGACGGAGACGAGGACUGUACCGAUGGCAGUGACGAGAGCUCAUGUGUCAGAAAGACAUGUGCAGAAGUGGACUUUGUGUGUCGCAAUGGCCAGUGUGUCCCAAAGCGGUGGCACUGUGAUGGGGAACCAGACUGUGAGGAUGGCUCUGAUGAAAGCUUAGAAAUCUGCCACAUGAGGACAUGCCGUGUGAACGAGUUCAGCUGCGGAGCAGGAACCACCCAGUGUAUCCCCGUGUCCUGGAAAUGUGACGGAGAGAAGGACUGCGACAACGGAGAGGAUGAGGUCAACUGUGGUAACGUCACCUGCGCCUUGAAUGAGUUUACUUGCAUCAGCGGGCGCUGCAUCUCUCGUAACUUUGUGUGCAACGGAGAGGAUGACUGUGGAGACGGCUCGGAUGAGUUGGACUGCAGUCCUUCCUCCUGUGGACCCAGUGAGUUCCAGUGUGGAAAUGCAUCCUGCAUCCCAUCCAGCUGGGUCUGCGAUGACGACGUUGACUGCCACGAUCAGUCCGAUGAGUCUCCAUCUCAUUGCGGCCGUCACCCGACACCGCCCGCCAAAUGCUCGGCCAGUGAAAUGCAGUGCCGCUCAGGAGAGUGCAUCCAUAAGAAGUGGAGGUGUGACGGAGAUUCUGACUGCAAGGAUGGCAGCGAUGAAGCAAACUGUCCAGCUGUACGUACCUGUGGGCUGGAUCAGUUCAAAUGCGACGAUGGAAGCUGCAUCCUGGGCAGCAGACAGUGUAACGGCAUCCGAGACUGUGCAGAUGGAUCAGAUGAAGUCAGCUGCCAAAACGCAAUUCAGUGUACCGGGCCAGAGAAGUUCACGUGUCGCAGCGGGGAGUGCAUCGAGAUGAGCAAAGUGUGCAACAAGGUCCGGGACUGUCCCGACUGGAGUGACGAGCCCAUCAAGGAAUGCAAUCUGAACGAGUGUCUCAUGAACAACGGCGGCUGCUCUCACAUCUGCAAGGACAUGGCGAUCGGCUUCGAGUGUGACUGCACACCUGGGCUCCAGCUUAUUGACCACAAGACCUGUGGAGACAUCAAUGAGUGUAUGAACCCUGGCAUUUGCAGUCAGAUCUGCAUCAACCUGAAAGGAGGAUACAAGUGUGAAUGCCACAACGGCUACCAGAUGGAUCCAGCUACUGGUGUCUGCAAGGCUGUUGGUAAGGAGCCAAGCCUGAUCUUCACCAACCGCCGUGAUAUUCGUCGUCUGGGUCUGGAGAGGAAGGAGUACACUCAGAUUGUGGAGCAGCAGAGGAACACCGUGGCUCUAGAUGCAGACUUUAACCAGCAGAUGAUUUUCUGGGCUGACCUGGGCCAGAAGGCCAUAUUCAGCACUGUUCUGGAUAAACGUGGGGAUGUUGGGACACACAAGACAGUGAUAGACAACGUCCAGACUCCAGUGGGAGUCGCAGUGGACUGGAUCUACAAGAACUUGUACUGGUCCGACCUCGCCACCAAAACCAUUUCUGUCUCCAACUUUAAUGGAACCAAACAGAAAGUUCUGUUUAACAGAGGCCUGAAAGAACCAGCCUCCAUCGCUGUGGACCCACUGUCUGGGUUUCUGUACUGGUCUGACUGGGGUGAGCCUGCCAAGAUCGAGAAGUCUGGCAUGAAUGGAGUGGACAGACGGGUUCUGGUAGCAACUGACAUCCAGUGGCCUAAUGGGAUCACACUGGAUCUGAUCAAAGGCAGGUUGUACUGGGUUGACUCCAAGCUGCACAUGCUCUGCAGUGUUGAUCUGAACGGGGAUAACAGGAAGAAAGUGUUGCAGUCUCCAGACUACCUGGCUCAUCCCUUUGCUCUCACAGUUUUUGAGGACAGAGUCUUCUGGACGGAUGGAGAAAAUGAAGCCAUCUACGGUGCCAACAAGUUUACUGGCUCUGAUGUGGUGACGCUGGCCAGCAAUCUGAAUGACCCCCAGGACAUUAUCGUCUACCACGAGCUGAUUCAGCUGUCUGGUACUAACUGGUGCACAGAGAGAGGUGAAAAUGGAGGCUGCAGCUACAUGUGUCUGCCAGCACCACAGAUCAAUAAGCAUUCGCCCAAAUACAGCUGCGUGUGUCCAGAGGGACAGGAGCUGGCUGCUGAUGGCUUACGAUGCAGACCAGACGCUUCUUCCAAAGGUCCCUCAGAGGAUGGUAGGAAAGCUCUAAUAAAGCCACCUCAAGAGGCAAAUGUGAGCACAUCCAUUCAGGUGGACUCCACAGCCAAGGGCUCUGCUGCUGCCUGGGCCAUACUGCCAGUCUUACUGCUGGCCAUGGCCGGAGCAGGCGGAUACCUGAUGUGGAGGAACUGGCAGCUGAAGAACCAGAAGAGCAUGAACUUUGACAACCCUGUGUACCUGAAGACCACAGAAGAAGACCUCAACAUUGAUAUCACCCGGCACGGUGCCAACGUGGGUCACACCUACCCUGCGAUUUCCAUAGUGAGCACAGAUGACGAUUUAUCCUGAUCCUGUCGAAGCUUUCGUCUCAUCCCCCCAUGGCUGCCUGUAGCGUUGUGGCGCCUCCUCAUUACCAUGCCAACGGUUGUCCGUAGCAGCAGCAGCCCUUACAGUGCAACCACAUGCCUUCUGAAGUGCAUUAUGUCAUAAUCAGUGGUGAAGAAGAAAUGUUAUUUGUGAUUCAACGAAUUGUCAACAAUUUUCCACUCGGCAGCCAAAGUAUUCAGGAUUUAUUUUCUUCUUUUUCUCAUUAUUUUUGAGCGACAGAUGUUUUCCUCAGAUGAAUUUCUCACUCCAAUUGGCCCUUUUUGAGGCUUUGUGUUCAGACUGGACAGUAAAACCAGGGAAUGUGCUGUCUCUAGUCAAACUGAGUUCUCAGGACCCAACUCUGAAGCACUGAGGACUGUGUGAGGGCUGAUGGGCGGCGAGAGCCGAGGCUUUAACUCAUUCUUUACUUCCUUAAACUUAACAGGUUCAGAUGUGAAUAUUUAUGUAUGCUCUUGUUUUGAAAGCUAAAUAUAAGUUUUCUGUUAAAUGUUGACGGCACUUUCUCCUGAGUGCUUUCUUACAGGCCGUUUUCUCAACCAUUAUUAUUAUUAUUAUUAUUAUUAUUAUUGCUAUUAUUGCUUAUUAUUAAUGCUUACAGCAUUUGUAAACAGUGUAAAUAUUCAUCCCUCAGACAUGACUGUCAAUCAGGACUCUUCGAUGCACUUUGAUCAAUGUUCCUUGUGUAAAUAAGAUUGUAUACAUUGACUUGAAACUGAUCUUUUUUUGCUAUGGCCGGGGGUCUCACCAGAGCUCAGAUGUAUUUAAAAAGAGGAGAAACAACUGAAUUUGGUAAAAACUAUUUUGUAUGUUUGUGUGCUGUUGCUGUGAACUUUUUAUAGCCCUUUACAGUGAGGGAAGGGACACUAUUAAAGUUUAAAAGCUCUGUAUCUGUGAAGAAACUUGAUUCACAAAAUCACUUUGAAAUUAAAACUUAAUCUAGUGUUGUUCACA